AUGCUCAAAUCAACCCACAAACCAGCGCAAUUGGCGCCCCUCCCGCCGGGCUGGACCGAACACAAGGCCCCGACCGGCCACACCUACUACUACAACGCCGAGACCAAAGAAUCCACGUACAAGCGACCCGGCCAGCCAUUACCCUCCCAGCCAACUCCUCCCGAGCCGACCCCCUUCUCCCCCUACGCGGCCGUGCCGAACCUCUCCGACCCAAAUGUCGCAAAUGCCUUCAUGGCGCAGUUCAACAAGCCUCCACCCCAGGCGCAAAGGGGCGGCUUCGAGGGACGCCCGCGGCCGCAGCCUGUGGACAAGCCUAGGAGAAAGGAGCCCAUCCCCGGGUGCGAGCCGUGGAUCCUGGUGUACACAAAGUACUCGCGGCGCUUCGUCUACAACCCGAUCAAGAACGCGAGCUACUGGCGCAUCCCCGAGAAGCUCAUGCCCGCCAUCUUGGAGAUGGACAAGAAGAGGAUACAGAACCUGAAUGCACCAAAUCAAGAAGAAAAGCAGACAGAAGCAGCAGCAGAGGGCGGUAAACAACCCGGCGACGGAAAAGAGGCCAAGGCUGCUGAAGAGGCGGCGCCUGCUCCUCCCGGCCCGGACUACGACAGCGACGAAUACGAAGAGGUCGAAGUCACCGACGACGAGGGCGAGGGCGACGACGGCGAGCACCCCUCGAAGCGGCAGCGCACCGAAAUGUCCGACGACCAAGACCAGGGACCCCUCGAGUUCACGGAGGCAGACAUCGCCGCCCAGCUGCAGGCCAUGGGCGAAGAGUACGGCCUCGAGCCCGGGGACUACGACGACGGCAACAUGGACGACUGGCCCGAGGGCGCAGAGGGCGUCGAGUUCUCCGAGGAAGACGCAAAGUUCUUAUUUCAAGACAUGCUCGCCGACCUCAACAUCAACCCCUACAGCUCCUGGGACAAGCUCCUCGAGGAGGGCAAGAUCAUACAGGACCCGCGCUACACGGCCCUCAGCACGACAAAGGCCCGCAAGGAGUGCUUCGACGAGUGGACCCGCCAGCGCAUCGCUCAGCUCAAGGAGCAGCGCGCCAAGCAGGAGAAGAAGGACCCGAAGAUCGCCUUCAUGGCCUUCCUGCAGGAAAAGGCCUCCCCGAAGCUCUACUGGCCCGAGUUCAAGCGCAAGUACAAAAAGGAGGACUCCAUGAAAGACCUCAAGCUUUCAGAUAAAGAUCGCGAAAAGGCGUACCGCGAACACAUCAAUCGCCUCAAGCUGCCCCAGGCGACGCUCAAGUCGGAUCUCAUCGCGCUGCUCAAGGCGCAGCCCGUGCAUUUGCUCAACAACAAGUCGCUCGCGAAUGGGCUGCCCGCGCAGGUCCUCACUGACAUACGGUAUAUCUCGCUCGAGCCCAAGAUUCGCGAUCCCUUGGUGGAGGCGUACGUGCAAACGCUGCCGCCACCUCCUGAGGAUCCCAGCUCUGCCGUGGAGGACGAGGAGCAGAAGAAGGCGCGCGAGGCGAGGGAGAGGCGGGAAAGGGCUUUGGAGGAGCGGAAUCGGCUGGUCGAGGAGCAGAGGAGGAGACGCGAGAGGGAAGUCGCGGCAAGCAAGGCACGGCUGAGGGAAGAGGAGCGGGAGCUGGAGUUUGCCAUGAGGGUUGGGAAGAGAGGCUUGCAGGGGCAGCUGGCAAGUAUGAGUGUGAAGCAGCCCGGAGACGGCGAGGGUGAGCCAUCAUAG